AUGCCGACGUCCUCAUGGCGUGAAGGCGAAUUCGGCAAGCGGCCCGUCCGCAUCGCCAACUGCUCGGGAUACUGCGGCGACCCCGCAACCGAAAUGCACAAACAAGCCACGCUCGGCACGCACCACUCCCACGACCAUGCCAUCGACUUCAUAACCGGCGACUACCUCGCCGAAGUCAACCUCGCCAAAAACGCCGACGCCCACGCCGCGGGCCAGCACCCGGGCUACGAGCCCUCGGCGCUCGAGGGCUUGCGCGCCGCGCUCGACGCCAUCGCCGACCGCGGCAUCAAGGUCGCGCUCAACGGGGGGGCGCUGAACCCGGGCGGGCUGGCGCGCGAGGUCGCGGCGAUGGCGGCGCGGAAGAGGGGGGGGAGGUGCGCGGGGUUGAGGGUCGCGUUUGUGGAUGGGGAUGAUUUGAUGCGCGGGGGGGAGGUGGGCAAGGUGAUGCCGGUUGCGUUGCCGCAUCUGGAUGGGGAGGAGGGGGGGGGAGUGGGAGGGGGGGAGCAGGGGGGGCUGGGAGCGGCUGCCGGCGCGAGGGUCGUCGCUGCCAAUGCGUAUCUGGGGGCUCGCGGCAUCCUGGCGGCGUUCCGGAACGGUGCGGACAUCGUCGUCGCGGGGCGCGUGUCCGACGCCAGUCCGGUGAUUGCGGCGGCGUGGUACUGGUGGGGCUGGACGGACGCGCAGUACGACGAGCUGGCGGGGGCGCUCAUCGCGGGCCACCUGAUCGAGUGCUCGGCGUAUGUGACGGGCGGGAACUUUGCGGGCUUCGCCGACGCGGCAAAGUAUGGGGAGGGGUGGAUGGAGAGGUUCCUCGAGCCGGGGUUUCCGAUCGUCGAGGUGGCUGGGGAUGGGGGCUGCGUGGUGACCAAGCAUGAGGGGACGGGUGGCGUGGUGGAUGCGGAUACGGUGAGGUCGCAGCUGCUGUAUGAGUUGCAGGGGAAUGUGUAUCUGCACAGUGAUGUGAAGGCUGUGUUGGAUGGGGUGGUGGUCGAGGAGGUGGGCAAGGACCGGGUCCGCGUGAGCGGGAUCAAGGGGUUGCCUCCGCCCCCGACCACGAAGCUGGCCAUAUUCUACGAGGGAGGCUACGAGUGUCAGCUGCUGUUCAACGCGGCGGGCUAUGGCUGGAGGGAGAAGUGUGACUUGUUCGAAAAGCAGGUCCGGAAGCAGAUGGGCGACGAGACCAUCCAAAAACUCGACUGCCUCGAAUUCCAGCGCAUCGGCGUCCCAGCAGAGAACCCGUGGGACCAAAACAGCAGCACCAUGUACAUCCGCAUCGUCGCCCAGGCCAAAACCGAAGCCCCCCUCUUGGAAAUCAGCAACGCAGUGGCCAACAUCUCCCUCCGACACUUCCACGGCUUCCACAACUCCCUCGACCUGCGCACCGCCACCCCCAGACCCUACCUAGCCUACUACCCAGCCAUAUGGCCGCAAUCCGCCCUCACCGAAACCGCGCACUUUGUCUCCGCCUCCGCCUCGUCCUCGACUGACGAAAUCACCACCACCAUAACCUCCUCCCACCCCGCCGGCCACCCACCCGCCUACGAGCCGCUCCCCGCGCACCGCGACUCCUACGACACGGCCGAUGCAUCCCCGACGACAUCUCCAUCCGGCCAAGCGACGCGGCGCGUCCGCCUCGGCGACGUCGCGCUCGCCCGCUCCGGCGACAAGGGGGGCAACCUCAACGUGGGCAUCUACGCGCGCGGUGGCGAUGGCGACGGCGAAGGAGGAGGAGGAGACCAACAACAAGUGCUGGCGGGCAAGCGGUGGGACUGCCUGCGGCGGAUGCUGUCGCGGGAGAAGAUGUGGGAGCUGCUGGGGGGAGACGUCGCCGCCGCGGGUGGUGUGUACAAGGUGGAGCGGGUGGAGUUUCCCGGGAUACGGGCGGUGCAUUUCGUCGUGUAUGGGCUGUUGGGGCGGGGGGUGAGCAGCGCGACGAGGCUGGAUGCGUUUGGGAAGGGGUUUGCGGAUUAUUUGAGGGAUAAGGUGGUGGAGGUGCCGGUGGAGCUGCUUGGCGAGGAGGGGGGGAGGGGAGAGGCGAGGUUGUAG